AUGAUCCAGAACCACAGGGUUCCAGCUGGCACAGCAUUGAUUGGUUUGUCUUCCGAUGUUUCAACUCCCUCGUGCAAGGAGAUUUCCUGGAACUACACGUGGCUCAAAGCUGUUUGCAAGAGGUCACCGGAUAAGGUGCCCAGCGUCUUCUUCCUGGCAGACGCAUUCCUGUUCAUGGACCGCCUGAUGGAUGGUGCACUGCUCCUACCAAAGGCUCCUGAAACUAAGGCUGAUGUCGCUGGUCAGGAAGCGCGGCGCGUCAAGAAGCUGAUGGGGGAAGUCGAAGCGCUUGAGGAUGGAGAGCCUGACGGAUCCGCAGCUGACGCCAGCGGAUCAGAGUCAGGGAGCGACAGCUCUGAGGAUUCUGAGGCGUGUAGUGAGGCUUGCGCUGAACCGCGCUCAGAUGUGGCGACUGGCAGCUUGGGCAGUCCAGACGCAGGUGCGCCAAGUUCCCCUGACAAGAAGACCAAGUACAGGGAGUACUGGAAGAAGUUUGUUGUACCAUGGCCACCACAGCCUCAUGGCCCUUCACGAGAUGUUCCCAACAAGGAGCUCCAGACUUGUGAAGAGUCCGAGGGUGGAGAUGAAGAUUUGUCUCCCUACAAAUCGCCGGACCUCAGCAAUGCGGUUUUCUCGCCAACUGUGCGCAGCACUUCCGCCACAGGCAGUGAGGAGGAGGAGAUCAGUGAGGAGGGGUGCGCGAAGGAAACGCCUUGUGGAGCAACGCGUGCCACAAAGAGUGCCAACACCAAGUCCAAGGGUGAUGAUUCCGAGUGCGACAGUCUCAAUGCCAGGACAUUGAGGUUGGGUGAAGGAGAAUCUGAAGGAGACUCUGACCCAGGGUCGCCCACUCCAAUGUCGGCCUCCUCAGACGGGAUGGUUUCAGAGAGUGAGUUUCACGAGGCCAUGAACGACGGGAACUUCUUGGCUCACCAGGAGGCCUUGAAUCCGCAAUCUUCUUCGUCGACUAUGAAGACUCCAAAUUGUCGUCAGCCGAAUUUCUGGGGCUUUCCGAUGGUCGAGACACCUCCGAAGACCGAGGCGCCGGAGAAGGCCAAGAAGAGCAAGGCUCCGGCAGCUAAGGGUAAGCUGUGCAAAACCAAAUCAAAAGCUAGCUUCAAGACUUCUGGGCCCAAGAAACCGUUCAUGGUCAAAGAGCCAAAGGGUCAGACCAAAUACAAUGGGUAUGACAUUACCAGUCUUCCGAGGGAAGCUUUCCCCAAUCCAGGGAGAUGCAACACAGGAGCUCACAGCUAUACGCUCACGUAUGGCGAAGCCAGCGUGGAAGUUUUGCUUCAAAAGGAGGCCUAUUUUGUGAAGAAGGUAGCGCCCAAUGGGACAGGACCUAUUGGCCACAUUUCGUGGGCGAAGAAUGGAGGCCCCAGGCAAGCUUUCAAGGUUGCGAAGGCAAGGUCUGGGUUGGAGCGAUACAGCUUCGAGCAGGCAAGCUAA